GAUCAUUUCUCGUUUCUGUAUCAGAACAAGGCUCUCUCUUUCUUUUCUUUCCUCUCCUCUCGUCUCUGUUUUUUUUUUCUUUUCUUUUCUUCACAGUUUUCUGGAAAAUUGAGCAAGGCAGAGAGAUUUUCCUGGAAAAUUUCAACGGGUUUCGCGCGGUGUAAUGUUGAAGAUCUGGAGCUGGUGACGAUUUGGAUUAGAGAGAGGGAGGUACAUUUGAAGAGGGUUUACAAGGAUUGGUCUGAUUUCGUUUGGAUAUUGCUACACGGAGAAAGUUAGAAAGCGAAGAGUUUUAGGGAGAGAAAAGAAUACAUUUGAAGAGGCUUUUGAAAGUAUUUGAAGUGGAUUUGAUAACGGUUUACCUAGCUUUUCGUGAAGAUUUGUUUGGGAUUAGAGAGUUAACUAUUGUUGAGAGGUACAUUUCCGGGAGAUUUUUGAGGCAGUUUUCAGACGAAUAAUCUCCGUAUAUCCCGACUACAGAGAGAUCAGUACUGGUGGUUACAAAUCAGACAGAAUUAGACUACCAAUUUCACAAUCUCAAGACUCCAACGGCGACACUAAUCCGUGUUUUCGUCGCAAAUCAGAUUAGCCAAGUCCAAGUACUGAGGAGAAAUAUUGUUUUGUUCACAAUCGAAGUGCAGAGAGCGGUCUAGGAGAAUCGGUUGCGGUUCCGAUUAGCCGAUUUGGUCGAGGAAAGAAACAGUAUUUGUCUGGGGCAAAGUGGAGCAAAGUUGAAGAUUUCAGGUAAUGCGAGGUUGAUCCUCCAGCUGCUUCCGAUCCAUCAUUCUUCUCGUUGUUUAUCGCCGGGGUCGGUUUUCAAACACGCAGGGUGUGCCCAAAGAAAAAGGAGAGAUGAUGGAGAAGAAUAAUACUACUACCAAUACCAAUAAUAACAGCACCAGCAACCACAAUCGAGAAAGACCGGGAGGAGUACUCGGCAGCAGUGACAGCGGAUUGCUCCGGACAGCCACUCACCCGCCGGAGACCCGAUCCUCGUCGUCGGUGGUCGCCACGACGUCGUCCGACUCGUUCCUGCAGUGGGGCAAUCGGAAGCGGCUCCGGUGCAUGAAGAGCCAGGUCAACAAGGACCACAACAACAACGGCUCCGACCCAGUUCAUCGGACCACGGCUCGGGUCGAUCGGCGCGUCAUCAGAUCCGAUACGAACAACAAGGACGGUAGUGCUUUACAUCAUCACCCCAACGGCACGGCCAAUGGAAACGGCUAUCUGAAUCUCAGGCAACGUCCGUCUUCGCCGUCCCAUCGCAUUCUCAGGAAUUCUGAAAAUCCGAGUGGGAUGAAGGGGCACAGCAACGGGGUCAUGAGGGGGAUAUCAUCUCCGGACAGGGUGGGUGCGCAGGAUAAGAGAGGCAGUGCGCACCAUAACACCACCGCCACCACUACUACCAUUAAUAAUCAUCAUCACCACAACCAUAUUAGUAGUCAUACGAAUAAUAAUAAUAAUAACGAUGUUAAUAAUGGUGGUGGUGGUGGUGGGUCGGGGUCAUCGGAGACGGCGGCGCAGGAUAGCAAGAAGGGAGGGUCUUCGUCUGGGAGUGAUGCGAUCCCGGCGGUGUGGCCGCCGAAAUUCGUGAUCGCGUUGACGAAUAAGGAGAAGGAGGAGGAUUUCAUCGCCUUCAAAGGCUCCAAAUUGCCUCAGAGACCCAAGAAGAGAGCCAAGUUCAUUCAACGCACCGUCAAUUUGGUAUGCCCUGGGGCGUGGCUAUGUGAUCUGACCCUAGAGCGGUACGAGGUCCGGGAGAAAAAGAUCUCGAAGAAGAGACCAAGAGGGCUAAAGGCGAUGGGUAAUAUGGAGUCGGAUUCGGAAUAGAUGAAAUGAAGUAUGAGUGGGACAACAAUGGAAGUUUUGUCGGAAGAGAGAGAAAGGUGAUCACACGAGGAAGAUGA